ACCUCUUACGGCCAAAAGUAGUGGGUAUUAGCGUAAAAAUAUUCAACCCCCAGUGCUCCACCCACAGAAACCGAAAAAAACAAGGACGUACAGUCGUGAAACACAAGGAAAUGGCGAGCGCUCUGUUGUCAGUUUAUCGCUUUCUUCCCUCGCAGAAAAAGGAAAAUGUGGGAUAUGUCACUGACAUCAAGACGUCGUUGUGCGGACAAGUACUGUGCAAUCCAAAUUCUCUGACAAGACAGAUAGCUACUGGCCAUGGAAGCCGUCUUGUUAUUUCCUCACUGCUUGGAAGGAGAGUCAAGAGCAGAGAGACUGUAAUUCCCGACCCAGAUUACAGAAUUCCAGUUGUUCUUCUCGGUAUAACUGGUGGGUUGGCUUACACAAAUAACCUGGUACCUGCUAUACCUGCUGGUCUCCUCGGUUUGCUUCUGUUAGUCCAGACCACUAGAGUUAGAUUCGUUUUUGAUAAUGAGGCUCUGGAGGUAAGGGUAGGUGAUGAACUCAAGGAAUCAGAUGAAAAUGUCUUCGUAGGCGGAAAAAACCGUUGGAAGUAUUCAACAUUUGUUAAUUGGGAGUUUUGGUGGCCUAACUUUCCUAUUUUAGUGUACUUCAAGGAGACACAAACAGAGCCUGAGGGACAAAUUCAUUUCUUCCCUAUAAUCUUUAAUGGUAAGCAGCUUUACGAUGUUAUGGUGGAAAGAGCUGGCCCAUCCCAAAGCAGUGGACCGAAAGAAUCCUAAGGAAUGUUCUUUUGUUUCGGAAUCGUAUGGAAUCGUAUUCAUUCUAUAAAUCUAAGGCAUGCUAAAUUCAGUGACUCUGUACAGGUUGAUGUUAUAUUUUAUGUCUAUCUUAUGUAAGAACAUCUUUAUAAUGUACGUUAACAAAUUUUAAUUUACAUCCAA